CGGCUGCCGUCUGCGAUUCGCAAAAGCAUGCAGUUAGGAGAGCAGCUCCUGGUGAGCUCCGUGAACCUGCCGGGCGCGCAUUUCUACUCGCUGGAGAGUGCUCGAGGAGGCGGAGGGUGGGGAGGUGGCGGGAGCGUCAGCCUCCUCCCCGGUGCUGCUCCUCGCCCGAGGUUGGACUUAGACAAAGCGUCCAAGAAGUUUCCAGGCAAUCUUCCGUGCCAGGCGGGGAGCGCAGAACCCGCAGGCGCCGGCGCGGGGGCCCCCGCAGCGAUGCUCAGUGACGCAGACGCCGGGGACACCUUUGGCAGCGCCUCAGCGGUGGCCAAGCCCGGGCCCCCGGACGGCCGCAAGGGCUCCCCGUGCGCUGAGGAGGAGCUGCCCUCCGCCGCCACCGCCGCGGCCACCGCGCGCUACUCCAUGGACAGCCUGAGCUCCGAGCGCUACUAUCUCCCUUCGCCAGGACCGCAAGGCUCCGAGCUCGCCGCGCCCUGCUCGCUCUUCCAGUACCAGGCGGCGGCCGGAGCGGCCCACGGAUCAGUGUACCCCGCGUCCAAUGGCGCGCGCUACCCCUACGGCUCCAUGCUGCCCCCCGGUGGAUUCCCCGCCUCCGUGUGCCCGCCCGCGAGGGCGCAGUUCGGCCCUGCAGCGGGCUCGGGAAGUGGCGCCAGCGGCAGCGGCGGCGCCGGCGGUCCUGGAGCCUAUCCCUACGGCCAGGGCUCUCCGCUCUACGGGCCGUACGCCGGAGCCGCUGCGGCCGGGUCUUGCGGAGGAUUGGGAGGCCUCGGGGUACCCGGCUCUGGCUUCCGCGCUCACGUCUACCUGUGCAACCGGCCCCUAUGGCUCAAAUUCCACCGUCACCAGACUGAGAUGAUCAUCACCAAACAGGGCAGGCGCAUGUUUCCUUUGAGCUUCAACAUAAACGGACUCAAUCCCACCGCCCACUACAACGUGUUCGUAGAGGUGGUUCUGGCCGACCCUAACCACUGGCGCUCAGGGGGCAAGUGGGUGACCUGCGGCAAAGCGACAAUAACAUGCAGGGGCAACAAAAUGUAUGUUCACCCAGAAUCUCCGAAUACUGGUUCCCACUGGAUGAGGCAGGAGAUUUCCUUUGAGUUAAAACUCACAAAUAACAAAGGCAACAACAACAACACACAGAUGAUAGUCCUGCAGUCUUUGCACAAGUACCAGCCUCGACUGCACAUUGUGGAAGUGACAGAAGAUGUGGAGGACUUGAACGAGCCUUCCAAAAACCCAGACUUCACCUUCUCAGAGACACAGUUCAUCGCAGUGACGGCCUACCAAAACACCGACAUUACUCAGCUAAAGAUCGACCAUAACCCUUUUGCCAAAGGCUUCCGGGACAACUAUGAUUCCAUGUACACCGCUUCAGAAAAUGACAGGUUAACUCCAUCUCCUACGGAUUCUCCUAGAUCCCAUCAGAUUGUCCCUGGAGGUCGGUACGGCGUCCAAAACUUCUUCCCGGAGCCCUUUGUCAACACUUUACCUCAAGCCCGAUAUUAUAAUGGUGAGAGAACCGUGCCACAGACCAACGGCCUCCUUUCACCCCAACAGAGCGAAGAGGUGACCAACCCUCCUCAGCGGUGGCUUGUCACGCCUGUCCAGCAGCCUGUGGCCAACAAGCUAGACAUCGGGUCCUAUGAAUCUGAAUACACUUCCAGUACCUUGCUCCCAUAUGGCAUUAAGUCCUUGCCCCUGCAGACAUCCCAUGCCCUGGGGUAUUACCCUGAUCCAACCUUCCCUGCAAUGGCAGGGUGCGGUCGAGGCGCUUAUCAGAGGAAGAUGGCACCUGGCCUACCAUGGACAUCCAGAAUGAGCCCUCCUGUGUUCCCAGAAGAUCAGCUUGCCAAGGAAAAAGUCAAAGAAGAAAUCGGUUCCUCCUGGAUAGAAACCCCCCCUUCCAUCAAGUCUCUAGACUCCAGCGAUUCAGGGGUGUACGGCAGUGCUUGCAAGAGGAAGCGCCUGUCUCCCAGCACCUCCAGCAAUGGAAACUCACCCCUAAAGUGUGAGGACAUGAACGCCGAAGAGUACAGUAAAGACACCUCAAAAGGCAUGGGGGCGUAUUACGCUUUUUACACAACUCCCUAAGGAGUUACUUUAACCCCUAAUGUUUUCCGGGUGGACCUGGUGGUGUUUUUUGUUUUCUUUGCCUAGGUUACCAAAAAGACUUUUACCUUCCACCUUUGAUGUAUCCUGUUUUGUGCAAUUCUCUGAGAGAAGGUGCCAAAGCUUUGCCAUUGCUGCAGGUAACCAACUGAAGCAAACCUAGCAUUUCCCCCCCUUUGUAAAAUAAAGUUAACGGAGGACUCGAAAGUGUUUAAAAAUUCAUAGGCUGUUCAAAGUGCUGGCUUAUUUAUGGGAAACGAGAAACAUUCAGAAAAAGCAGGCCAUGAAGAUU